UAGUAAUUCUCUUCAUUUCAAAUCCCUGUCGUGGCAGCACGGGCAAGGCAGAGGACUUUUCUCCCUUUCAAACUUAAGGGGAAAACCCUCCACCGAUAGCCUAGUCCACGAGCUAAAGAUCAAAUGCAGGACUUUGGGAGGAGGAAACAUUAGUUUGAAGGCACACUGUGGCUCACUGUAUGCACGAGUGUCUCCACACUUGCACUGGAUACACGAAGCAGGACGUUUUGACUUGUCUGCGACUCGCAGGAUCGCCGCGAUCUCUCUGAAACCCGCCAAACGUUCACACGGACGGCGGACUACAGUUCCAGCAAACCCCGGCCUGGGGAAACCAUUAACCAGAGACAAAGCACAACAGAACACUGCUCUAAUGCACAGAACAGUGGCGUCUUUCUCCCGCAACCCAAAGUGUCAGUUUCUUCCUCCUCAUCUUUAGACACGGCCUUUGCCAGCGGCGUUCGAAUCAUGCCCAGAACACACUGCAGCACUCUCCACAGGAAAUAAAAGAAAAGAAAAGAGAAUGUACCUGAUGUCUGGAAAAUGAAAACUCAAGUGCAGUACAUCUCUAUACCAUUCCCUGUUGGAUUUUAGAAUGUUUGAGAAUUAGAUUAUUUUUUACACUAUAUCUUACCUCGCCUAAAAAAGUUUCCAACCCGCAUUGUAUUAUUUGUGUUUAGCUUUGUUUUUCCCAUCAGAGCUGACCCAUUCUGGGGUUUUGACCCACCAGUUGAGGACCAUUGUUUGAGACCACACAGACAACAGAGCCAGUCAUCUGAGUGCUUUAAAAGAAAUGUCCGAUGGUUUGCAUGCUCAGUUGUGCGAGGGACGGAGUGGAACGCAGAAAAUUAAACAUACCUGGGCUUUUAAUCUGGUCCCUACUUUAAAUCCAAUCAUAUCUGCUUCAUAGGAGAAUUGAAUGCCAUCUGCAUUCGUUAUCAUCACCUUUUGUAUCAUUAUCUGCCAAACUCGUACAGUUUCUCCUCUACCUGCGUUUGGCCUGGACACCUGAGUACCAAGAUCAUGUGUAAUGUAUGCUUAUAGCAGCCAACAACUGCCAGCCAUGUGUAUGUGUGUGUGUGUGUGUGUGUGUGUGUGUGUGUGUGUUUGGCCUCUGCUGCUAGUAUAAUAGAUUUUUUCCAGAGGGCCAUCUGUUCUCUCAAAGACUCUCUCAGAUUCCAUAUGGUCGGGAUGGAGUGGACACAUUCUGAUGGAGAACCACUGGUGCCACCAAGGGCCAUAUCAAAAGGGCCAAACCAGUCAUAUUAAGUUUUUAAACCUGGUGCUUUUUUAAAAUAUAUUUAAUUUUAAAUAUAAACCUGGUGCUUUUUUUCAUAAAUAUAUCCCAACCAUUUUUUUUUUUUACAAAUUACAUUCAAUGAAUCAAUUUGGCACUAUAUUUGAUUACCAAAUACUGAUUGCCUUUAGCUGAGAGAGACUGAGAGGACUAUUGACUAGAUGACCGAAGAAAUCUUGAAACAGUACAUGGGGUGAGGAGAUCACAUAUAUACUGGAGAGCAAGUCCAUGCAAAGCUUUAAAAACGAAGAGCAGAUUUUUAAAAUCAACAUGGAGCUUGACAUGGAGCCAGUGUAGAGAGAGAUACAGACUGACUGUUCCAGUCUGGCAAAUUCAAUUAAAGGAGAGAAGAGGAGGCUUCAUUCUCUUCCUCUGGUUUUCUCUCUCCCUCAUCUCUCUGGUCCUCCCCCGUGUGUGGUUAUGAUCAAUGUUUAUGCACCAUAAUGUUUCCUGACUCUCCUGAGGCGUCAAUGUGAAGGAGGGAUUGACCCAUCUCAUGCUAUGUUAGUGGGUCACGUUGAACUGCUGUCCUGCUGAUUAAGUGCCGGGGGCCGCUGCUUCUCAUUACGGCUACACGCGGAGCCCCGAGCUGCCACACGUUCAGAGCAUGUGUGAGAAGUCUCACCACAAGUGCUUUGGGAAUCGGAGUCCAUUUCCUCUGUACGCCACUGCACCAAAAAAAGAGCAAGAAACGCAAUAUUAUUGUAGAAGAAAGGGGCCAUUUGUACUUUUGGUCAUGGUGUUUAAUGAGCCCUCAGGGGCUAUACCUACAGUGCUGCAGAUUUGGUGAAGAUGCAAUGCAUAAUGUAUGUCUGAGAAAGGAGGUGGUAGAACCCCAUUACCCACAAUCCACAUGCAAAGGAAACACAGUGUUUACCUAAAAAUAAAUAGACAGAGUGAUCCUCAGAGGUUUAGUCUUAUACAUGCACGUUUAUUAAAUACAGACAGAGGCCGCUCAGCUACGCAUUCCCAAAAAGUAAACAUAUAUGCACAAACAACCCGAUUAAGAUGCACAGACAUAUACAGACUCAGAUGUAUACAGGAAAAAAUGAUGAAUUCCCUGCUAAAACCUGUCGGGCACCUAGUUUUUCAUCUCGCUCCUUCUCUCCUUUACGUUGUGUGGAGUAAGACCUUGGCUUUGUGAAAGGACAUGAAGUGAAUGGGCAAAAAAGCUAGGAAAGCAGAAAAAAAAUAUUAAUUUACUGUUCCAGUUCAAAGCUUGGGGCAAUUUGCCUCCAUCUCCUAGCCUCCCUCCUCCACAUGUAUUUACCUUUUUUUUUCCCUGCAUUAUAUGCUUCACAUAUCUGAGCCUGUUGCAUCAUUCUUUUUUUGGACUGAGACGGUUAAACUCACAAACUGUAAAAAAGUAAAUUAAAUACUGUUUUACAUUUAACUCAAGCAUCUUCUUAUAAAUUUAAUCUGGUCCGUAUAGGAUUUAUAGGUAGGUUUGUCGUCUUUCCAGCACUUCACAGCACGGUCCAAUUUCAAAUUUGAUUUAACCCGUUGUUGAAAACUUCAUACAUAAAAUAACAAGGAAAAAUCAUAAAAUAAUGUUAUGCUGACAUCACAUCUGAGUUUUUAACACCUGUAAUAAAAUAUAUAAUAAUACAAAAUAUAUAUAAUAAUAUUAUUAUUUUAAAAUAUUGUUGAUAACAUUUUAUUGUGAUAUUUUUAGACCAAGGAUAAAAUGAACUGAACUUGAAUGCACUGUAAAUUGCUUUGAAAAAAUGCCAAAUGCAUACAUGUGUAAUAAACAACAAAUACCAAAUUGCAUGCAGAAUAUGUUAUGAACGCAAGUACUUGCUUUUUUACGGCAUAAUUUAAGUUUGUUCUUUGUAUUUGUGUGUAAUAUAUCAGCGUAUUUGCACAUGAUACUCAUUUUGCAUACUAUUUUUCGCAAACUAAAUAACAAAGAAGGCGUAUUUGGAUGCAGAGAGUAUUUUCAUCAAGCUCUAGAAAAACUACAAAAGCGAUAGCUUAAAUUUGAGUUUAAGUUUCCUUUUAAUUGUGUAUGGUCCUCAGUCACUUUUACAGAUUCAAUUCCUCCUCUUGUUUUACUUUUUAUGAACAAGAUUAACUCAUAUGACAAACUGAACCAGUUAUGUUAUUCUUUACAGAAAACAGAAACAAACAGUCCAGAGAAGAGCGUGUACUGCAACAUGUGUGACUGUGCCCUGAUUUUUGAUGGGGUGAGAGGUUGUUUUUGCCUAGAGAGGUGGAAUGCAUGCAGCAUGUGCAUGUUUAAAGCAACGUAACGGGAAUUUCCACACCCAGAUCCUACAUAUGUGUAUUAUGGAAUUUGAAGGCACCAUCAUCCUGGUGAGCGCUGCCACCUUCUCGGCUUUCAAGGCUGCAGAACAUCCGGGAGAGGGCCCCAGCUAACCCACCCGGUCCAGCUACCCACCCACCAACACCUUUAAUCUCAGGGGUGUGUGCGAGCUCCCUCGGCCCUCCGUAUGCCACAGCGCUCUACAUUUAUAGCUCAUUACGGAGGUGACUGAGAUGAGGAGGUGAUGGGUGGAGGUGACCGGUGGGGAGAGCGAGAUGAUAUAGGAGCGUGAUGCAGGAGGAGAGCAGCGUGUGGCUGCUUCAAGGGGUGGGUCGCUGUGCAGCCCACUAGAAGCAUUUACAGACCAUUAACGCCACAAUCUGCAUGCUGGUCUACAACCUCAUCACAUAUUGCUGAGUUGGAGAGCGAGGUGGGCUUGGUUUGCGAGCUUCGCUCCGCAGAGCCGUCCGAUGACUGUCUGACUCAUCACAACCCGCGAAUGACAGGCGUGCAUUCGAGGGUGGGGCCCGCCUCAGUCUCACAUGAUUGGCUGCUGGAUGGAAAUAAGGUGAAUGGAACACAUGCCCAAGGAGCAGGACCCAAACCAAUCAGAGGGAGAAGAGAAACGGUGGCUCGAUGGCCCGAAAAGGAAGAGAAAGAACAGUCAGUGUUCGGUGAAGAGCAUGUCUGGGUACAUCCCCAGCUAUCUGGAGAAGGAUGAGCCGUGUGUUGUGUGUGGAGACAAAGCUACCGGCUAUCACUACCGCUGCAUCACCUGCGAGGGCUGUAAGGGAUUCUUCAGGCGCACCAUCCAGAAGAACCUCCACCCCUCUUACUCCUGCAAGUAUGAUAGCUGUUGCAUCAUCGACAAGAUCACCCGCAACCAGUGCCAGCUGUGCCGUUUCAAGAAAUGCAUCGCAGUGGGCAUGGCCAUGGAUCUGGUUCUUGACGACUCAAAGCGGGUUGCAAAGCGGCGCUUGAUUGAGGAGAACCGUGAGAAGCGGAAAAAGGAGGAAAUGGUCAAAUCCCUGAUGAAUCGGCCAGAACCCACCAGCUCAGAGUGGGAGCUGAUCCGUAUGGUGACAGAAGCUCACCGCCACACCAAUGCACAGGGCUCUCACUGGAAACAGAAACGCAAGUUCCUGCCAGAGGACAUCGGACAGUCUCCGGUGGCCCCCACAUCAGACGGGGACAAAGUGGAUUUGGAGGCCUUCAGCGAGUUUACCAAGAUCAUCACCCCAGCCAUCACACGUGUUGUUGACUUUGCCAAAAAACUGCCCAUGUUUUCGGAGCUUCCUUGUGAGGAUCAGAUCAUCUUGCUGAAGGGUUGCUGUAUGGAGAUUAUGUCCCUACGUGCUGCGGUUCGGUAUGACCCGGAAAGCGAGACCUUGACCCUGAAUGGAGAGAUGGCUGUCAAACGAGAACAGCUAAAGAAUGGAGGACUGGGCGUUGUGUCUGACGCCAUCUUUGACUUAGGCAAGAGUCUAGCGCAGUUCAACCUGGAUGACACAGAGGUGGCCCUGCUGCAGGCCGUAUUGCUUAUGAGCUCAGAUCGCACAGGCUUGACAUGCGUGGAGAAGAUCGAGAAGUGCCAGGAGAUGUACCUCCUAGCGUUCGAACACUACAUCUACUAUCGCAAGCACAACAUUCCCCAUUUCUGGCCCAAGCUGCUGAUGAAGGUGACGGACCUGCGCAUGAUCGGAGCCUGCCAUGCCAGCCGCUUCCUGCACAUGAAGGUGGAAUGCCCCACUGAACUCUUCCCCCCACUUUUCCUGGAGGUCUUCGAGGAUCAGGACGUGUGACGUCCCAGUGAGAUGCGGCAGGAGAAUCAACAACGUUUUGUAACUCGUGUUUCUCUACCCGUCUCACCCCCGUCCACGCACCAAACUCACCAGCAGCAGCUGAAUUGGCAGGGGUCAUCUUCAGAAAGGCUUUCAUACGGGGAGUUUACUUUUUAUAUUUUGCUUUUGGCUCGGCCCUCCCUCAUCCACUAAAUCCACCACGCAGGGCCCUUCUGUCUCGGCAUGAUGUCUUGGUUACUGGUUUACCAACACCUUAGACACCGAAUAUACAUCUACACACACUCCUGUAAGUGUGCUUACAGAUGCAGUACUCAUGCAACUCAAAUCCUCCGAUGAUGCAUUUGUACACGUACAGACAGCACUACUGUCAUGCCACCACUGGAGGUGCCCUCUGCUAAGACUGGAUGGCAGCUGGCAUAUAGAUUCCUCCGCCAGGUCGUGAAGUGGUUAGUUAAUUUCACUGAUUAAAAUCUCAGUUCUUGUGAGAUAAUCCGGCGGUAUCUCAAGCUCCGCGCUAACAUGAAUCUUCUUUAAUUAACAGACCUCAUGAUUCUCUUCGAUAUUGAGCCUGUGUGUGAAGUGGGAGGAAUUUUGAACCAAAUCAGGUGCUAUAUUUAAAUAAAGCUACUCAAAAUGGUUUGUGAUUUUUCGAGAACAUACCCCCCCCCCCCCACUUCUCUGUAGGACACGGACCGUUGGAAGCUCUCGGUCGCCAUUUUAGCGUACAUUCAAGUGUGCCGCUCAGUGACUUUGUGUGCAGUUCAUUCUUGCCGUUAUCUGGGCUUAUUUGUGGGCUCCUUGAGCCCUUUUUUGUCCCUGGAAAGUCACACAGAGAGAUGGAAAUCCAGGCACCCCUACAUCUCCAAUCCGCACUGAUUUGUGUGUUUUACAGGUGUCGAGAGGGAGCCAGUAUUACCGUACUCCUAGACCCAGCACACACAAACAUACUAAAACACACACCUCAAAACUCGAAUGCCUCAUUUUUACUGUAUGCACUGCAGUGCUGUGGUUCUGGACUCCCAUGCAAGGCUUUGAGAGUUCAGUCCAGCCCAUCUGUGUUCCGGUCAGAUGCUACUGUUGCCCGGCCUGUGCGAACACACACGCACACUCCUGACGGGCCGUGGCGGACUGGCUGUCGUUGAUGUUUUUUCUUUGUGUUGUUUUUGUUUUACCUCAAAUGUGGUCACAUCUUUGGCUGGCUGUGGCUUAAAGACUGCCUCUGUGCUGACAGGUUCUACCUCACCUCUGGACACAGGGCAGCGACCCUCAGCCACACACACACACAUUUAAACACACCUACACACACUUCUAUCCUCACACACUGACAGCCAGGAUAGAAACACUCGGAGAAACACAGUUUCUUCUCAGUUACGUUGAAAUACCACUGUAGACAGGAGGGCCUGCCAUUCCUCAUCGUAGCCUGUCAGAUUUCUCCGAGAUGGCUGAGAGAAAAAACUAUUCUUGGGUGGACUUUCUUUGUUUCUUGUUUUUCUUUUCAUCUGGGACCAAGUGUCACUUCAAUUUCCGUCAAACCGGAAGCUAGUUUUCAGAAGACGGCAAACUAAACCAUACAUGUUGCUGACUACGAAGAGGAGCCAUGGAGAGAACAACAGAUGAAGGACCCGAGGUGACCAGGCCUGAACCGAAUAGGUCUUUCACUGUUUCCUUUUCAGUACCAAGCAGUAAUUUGGAAAGUGGAGAGAGGGGUUGGCUGGUUUCUUCAGGGUGGGGCAGUGGACGCAGUGAAGCUAGCAGUUGAAUGAAAGCACUUAGCUUUGAAAGAGCCAAAUCUUCAGAGACAAUUCAACCCCUGGCACCUUUUAAGGAGUUUUUGCACUAAGGCAUGAUGGGUCCCACCCUCCAGCUCCUCCAGCUCAGUCGCAUGUUUUACAAGGACACGCCCCCCAACCUCUCUGUCAAACAGAGGCCACGCCUUUAUGUGCUCCUGAGCACACCGUCAGAGUCAGUAUUAAGUCAAGCAAAACCCGGUCGUGUUCUUUCUCAACAGAUGACGAAACACUCAAACAGACCUCUGUGUCCCCGCACUCUUGAAGUCAAAAGUGGCUUGAGAGGAGCACCCAAUAGAAACGGCCCUUUCCUUUGUGAGACAAAGGAGAGGCCAAGCCAUGCAAAGAAUGGCAGCACCGAAUGAAUGUGAACAAGGAGCAGCAGAAUGAAAGAGCCAGAAUGAGGAGUUGCUCUAUAAUAUGGUUGCGAAGGAACGCAGCCAAUCAGAACGAGAGGAGCUGUCAGCAUUUCCUGAACAUCUGGCAUGGAAUUCCAUCUUGAAAUCGGAAUAACGCAGCAGAGGUUCCGACUGGCUGAUCAAGUGAGGGUUUCGUUGCUGCUUUACCUUCUAAUUUUAUUUGAGAGAGAUAGAAAAAGAAUAAAAGGAUAUAAUAAAAGAAAUACAAACCCGGUAAACGAAAAAUGACUCCAGAACAAAAAGUUAAAAUCCCGGAGCUGGAGCUGUUUGUUUCUUUUUUCUUUUCUCUUUUCUUUUUUUUUGAACUGAAAUUUGUGUGUUCGUUUUUUGAUGCUUAACUCCUCUAUGUAAGAGAGAGAAAACAACAGCCGUAGUCACUUUUUUUUUGACCAUGCGUGCAGUGUAAACUAGAGAAAUUUCACCUCACUAUAGUUUGUAACGAUUAGUCGACUGCUCUGUUUGUCUGUGUAUCUGUCCUUCAUCUUUUUAUCAAGAGGAAUUUACAAGAAGAAACAGGAAUAUUUUCUUUUUUAUAUAUAUUUUGUUUUCUUUUUUUUUUUAUGAAAACAGAAAUAAUGCAACGGAAACUGAAAAAAAAAAAAAACUGAAACACAAUCUACUCAUACCUCACACAACACAAAGCUUAAAUGAACUUGGUAGGAGUGCUUAUCUGCGUGGCACUUAUGUCAAAGUGUGUCCAGCGCAUGUGUUGAACUGUACAAUGGGAAGUAUGUGCGCGAGCGUUCAUGUGAUCGCGGAAGCACACAGCCCCCUCCUUCGGCCUCGAAAGCCCAUCUGUUUCAGAUUUACACCAGUUGCAUGCAUCAGCCUCCAUUGGUGAACGGUGUCACCUGUGCUGAUGCGACGAGCCGUAAUGGGAGCGGACGGGAUGCGAUGUGGCUGGAAGGCUGGAAAGGGAGUCGUGUGCAUCCGUGACAGCAGAGAGUGCUUUAGGGUAUUGAAUGUAGCUGACAGGACUGGGCUGGAACCGAGCCCGGGAACUAGAACCUCACUUCAGGUCACCAGCAAGAGUGGACAGUGCUGUCAAAAUGAUGUUACACAAACAGCUCACUAGGCGUAUAUUGCCCGCCUUCAAAGUGCAAUACUUGUGUUUUUUUUUUUGUUGUUUGUUUAGUUUUUCUUUUUUGUACUUUUACAAGAUUUUUGGCCAUAACCAAGGAUGUAAAUACAAACAAAACAAAAAAGAUAUUGAAAGAUUAAAUCUCUGUGUUAACCAUAUGCAACCAUCACAUACUGGAUGUCGAGGCCAGAACGCAGCCCGUGCGCAGACUGAUCCUUCCAUUUUUGUAAAGUAAAUCUGCUUACGUAGCUCUGUAAAUGCUUCACACAUCUGUAUGUGUGCUUUUGUGCACUAGCAAACGUGCAUGUUCAAUACAAAUAUGAAGAAUAAGAAGUGCCCCAUGAAAUUAAUAAUCCAACCCUGUGCCUCCGCAACCCUCUGCCCCGCACUCAAACUGCUCUUUCUGACAGGGUAGCUAGACGUACAUUUGUUUGCUAUGUCACAUUUCUGGUAUUGAUAUAGGUGGUUAUGGUCUGGUACCCAGAAGCACUUAACUGGCCUUGCUAAUGCCAAUCACUUUCCUUAGAGGAGAACAGUAGAUACUGGUUUUAUUUCGCUUUGGUGGUGGUGUAGGUUUGUUUUCCGUCCUUUUUUUUUUAACAAAAAUUUGUGUUAAGACAAAAAAUACCCAGAAGCGAAAAUGUCUAUGCAAUGCUAAACCCUAUGAAAUCAUGUUGACAGUGUCACUGAGCCCUGAUUAGCGGACAUGUCUCUUUCUGAACACUUCCCCUCCCAGAGUCCCACCCACCGCAACUGCAUGAGCUUCAGUCAUUUUGUCUGUUCAUCAGUCAGUGUCAUAGUCAAGGGAAGGAUGGCCCUAACUGCUGCCUGACUGAGACUUGCUUUGUCAAACCUUGCGAAUUUUGAGGGCGCUAGUUCAACUUUCCACUGAUGAUGUCAUCCGCUGUCGAGAGACUGCAUUUGUGUUUCUAUGUAUGUGUUUGCGUCCAAUGCUCUCAUGGUUCGGUGGAUUGGUACUACCUGUUAGAAACAAAACGGCAUUCCACGUAUUCAAAAUGAAAACACAUUUUUUUAGAAACACUAACCAAAACAUCAUUAAUAUUCAACCUUGAAAUGUAUUUUAGUUGAUAUUCCCUCCCCUCUCAGCUGUCGAAGUGAAACGCAGACCAAAGUUAGUCUUAAAGCUGCGGUAGGUAACUUUUGAUGCUAAAGCGGUUAAUAAACAGAACUGCUUGCAUCUUGCGGAAGAACAUCGUAGCCGGAACUACUUCUCUCUGUUUAUGUCUAUGAAGAAUCACAAAGGUACUGGGUUACUCCGCCGCGGUACCCCCGAAGCAAUCUAAAAUAGUCCGAAUAUAAACACUUAUUAUAGGUGUAACCUAGUGAUUCAGGACAAGCCAAAAACACGGUUUGGAAAAUGGAUUCAUGGUGUACUCGCUUAUUAUAUAAAUUUUUCUACAAUUUGAACACAAACAAAGUUACGGACCGCAGCUCUGAUUGGUUAUUUUUUACCGGGAGCGAUGGAGUUUCUGCAAAUGGCAAUAGGACCACUGGGCGGAGCCAGAAGAGCUUUUUUUUUUACACAGAUUAUCUGUCUCAUAUUCUACUGUCAGGACAUAAUGACAGGUUUAAUAAAUAUGUAACAAAUAUUUUUUUACAAAAGUUCCCUACAGCACCUUUAAAGCUGAAGUGUGUCAUCUUUAAUGCAAAACCAACUACUAUUAAUGUUAAAAUACUUCAUUAAUACACCGAGAUUACUAUAAAUAAGCCAUUUCUAGGCUGAUUUCACCAAAAAGCAAUCACACUGUGUCUCCGAGGCACUAUCGAAAAGUUUCACUGGCCUGGCAAUGGCGCAACCAAUGGCGUGAGUUUGAGUUGGGACUAUCAGUUUUAUCUAGCUAAUAGCAGAAGAGGGGAGUGGUUUGGAAACCUGCCAUUCCAUUUAAUGACACUAGUUGUGCAGAAAUCACACACUUGUGCGAAUAUGCGAAACCCCAAUAGAAUGAAAGAAAAAAAGAAGCGUUCUAUUUUUGAACGUUUAAGUUUGAUUGGCAGCCCUCAACACUGUGGUAUCAAAGCCCUCAUUUUCGCUGAUCCCUUUGAAGUUGAAUGUGAGCGUCUUCAUCAGCUUAAACUGUGUUUGUGAAUAUGUAGAAGUGCUCAUGUGCAAAAUGCACCCAGCCAUGAGAGAGUGCGCAGAGAGCGGGGAUGAUGUCCAUUCCACAGCUGUUUUCAAUGAGACUGGAAAGGAAAGCUUUUGAAGGAUUCUCUCAGGUAUCAACAAAAUAAUAAUAAAAAAGACAAAAGAGAAAAAAAAGGAAAUAUAACAAACUUUUUUUUUUUUUUUAAAUAAAUGUUUAAAAAUUCCAGCCAUGCCUUCUUGUUAGCUCAUCAUUCUUUGCUCUCUGAGUGUUUCAGUGUUCUUGUCUUGUGGUCUUCUUCUCUUUAGUGUUGAUUAGUCUCUCUCUUUCUGCCACGUGCACACACAUUUCUCCUGCACUCUUGGGGCUCAUCAAAGGCGAUCACGAAAAGCCUGGUGAGAACACAUCUCUGCUUAUCUAAACAUUAAAGCAGUGAGCCUUAAUAUUUCUGCAAACUAUAUUUUUGAUACACAAGCAUUUAGUGGAACCAGACCCAGUCAAACCUGUCUUUCUUAAGAGCACUCAGUAUAUAUUUAUUUUUUCUGUAGAACUCGUACUGAGACCAAGUGGUGUGGAUGAAAUGUCAUGCUAAUAUUUUAAUGAUGCUGUUGUAGAAAUGCGCCAUUUGCUGUCCAACAUUAAUUUAUCCUAGAUGUUCCUUACUGCCGAACACAAGAUCCAACUCCUCCCACCUUACAUUCACCUAAACCUAUCAAUCCCCACCUCCUACAUUUGGAUUCCACCAAGCCUCCUGCCCCCUGGAUCUUGUGUUCUGCAGUGAGGGGCUACUGAUUUAUUCUGUAAAGUGCGUAACAUUCAGUAGGUCAUAUCACCUCCAAAUGGCGGUUCCAUGAAGCGACCCACUAUGGUUAUUACAUUUACAUUUAUUUUAUUCAUUUUAGCUGACACUUUAGCGUCUUACAAUUGCUAUAUAUGUCAGAGGUCGCACGCCUCUCAGUGACACAUUGGUGUCUCACAGUGGAUUUGAACCUGGGUCUCUCACACCAAAGGCAUGUGUCUUAUCCACUUAGCUAACACCACCCCUAAUUGCCAAAUUGGAAAGAUUCAUAUAAUGAAACCACUUUUAUUAGGCUACUGUACAUGGAUUAAAACAUAUUUCAUAUACCUACAUGUUUUCAAAAUGAAUAAAUAACCUUUAAAAUAUGUGAAAAAAAUAUUAGAACAAAAUACAUUCACAUGGGAGUGAAACAUGCCAACAUUUCUAAGAAAACAAAUUCUCGUCACCUGUUUGCAUAAAGGUGAAAGACUAACUUUACAUGAAAAGGUGUUUAAUCAUAUGAUGACCAUCAUUUUGUUUGCUCCUGACAUUUGUGUUAUUGGUUUGGACUUGUGUAUUGUGUAUGUUUUUGUGCUGGGAAUAUAUGUCUGCUGGUUUGUGGGAGCGGGCCUGUUUUGUGUCUUGUAGUUUCCAUGUGGCCGGAUUUGCUGACUAUCCCCUUUGACAUGCUUUGAGGCUCUGUUGAUACAGCAUAGAAUCAAAUAAUUGAAAAUAAUGAUAAUAGUGAACACAGCAAUUCAUGCUGAGAAUACCGUGUCAGGAUGGAAAGUGGAGAAUGGCAGAAAGGGAAAUGAGGUCAAUCAUUUGUUUUUACAGUAUGUCCAUCUUUAAAUAGAAUCACUGAUGUUUUUACUGUUGCUACUGGAGAACUAUUCCACUAUUAGCUGUUUAUUUUGUUUAAUUGGUUUGCUUUCUAAACCUUGCUAUGGCUUACACAUGCACAACAUAUUCAUUCAUUUUGUUAUUUUUUUUAUUUUUAUUUUUUUUAAGAUGCCACGCUGACUGAGUGUGAGGUGUCCGAAAUUAUUAUACACGGAUGUAACUAUACAUUAACUUUUAAUUUAUUUGGGAAGAAAAUGUGUCCUGGUUAGUUUCAAUAUGGCAAGUAUAUAUAAUAUAUAAUAUUCAGUCAGAUCUUUCUCUGGCUUUUGGUUGUUUCAUGUAACUAUUCAAGGCUAAAGUGAUUAUGCAUUCUGUAAAUUAGCUGUCAUCCAAAUUACAAUUUUGCACCUGAGUAUGAUGUUUAGUUUGAACAUCUUGUGUUUAGUCAGAUUAAAUGGGCUGCUGGAAUGUCGUACAGACAUGAUUCUGCCAAGCCAUGAGAGAAAACUAUAUGCAGAAGACAGAAAGUUGCAUAUACUGCAAAUGCAUUUAGCCAAUCACACACAAAACAUUUCUGAUGGUAACAUUAUGCAAAGAAAGCUCGGGAUUCUUAUGCAAUGUUUGUCAGGUACACAAUGGGUGCUUUUGGUUCGGCCUUGCUCAGGUUUGCUUUCAGGGCAUUUUAUGUUAUGUUGGAUUUUAUUAAAAUAAAUGACUUACUAUACAUAGAAUAAUAUGCAUCCAACAGCCAAGGUCUAUAUUGAAGGGUCAAUGUAUCAAGGCCGUCUCUUUCUCGCAGAUCUAUAGACGUUAACAGACCUACACGUGCACACAUCUGUUUUGCUGACACAUUAGUGCUAUUUCCUCUCAGCGAUCCACUGACCAACUGCCAAAGCUUCAUUUCAUUCAGCUUCUCUUACAGGAUGUGCCUGGUGAGACAUAAAACACGCUAGAGUGACAGAACUGGAUGCUACAGAAGACAGCAACAGAACCUCGCUUUUAACAUCGUUAGACUGGAACGUACUGUUAAAAAUAAUAUUCACAACAUAUCUAAUAAUUCCCUGCCUACAAGUAGCCAGUCUAGUAUUCUCUGUGUGAUUAGUAUUUUUCUUAAACAGUAAACAAAAAGAUAUGCAAAUCAAAACAACAACCAAGCAAAGAAACUGGCUUAAAAAACAAAAAACAGACUUAGACAUUGUCCUCUUUUUUUAUUUUUUUUAUUUACCGUUUUCUUCAUGCGGUGAUGCGGUGAUGCGUGGAAUAGGGCUUAUUAUUAGAUUUGUAAUAUAUGAUAAUCAUGGCCAAAAUACAUUAUUGCCAUAUUUAUAAAGUUUAAAAAAUAAUGAUAUGAGCGAAUAUAUUUUAACUGCAAUUUUUCUUUUUUCUUUUUUUCUUUCUUUCUUAAUACCAGCUUUAUGUCCGCUAAAUAUCUUGAAAUUAACCCUCCUUUUGCCAGUGUAGUAAAAGCACAUUUCAAACCCUGUGAGUGACUAACCACUUUCUAAACCAACAGGAAUAUUCCAUUAUAAACUUUGUUUCUAUGAGUAAGUCUGUCCAGGUUCAGCGGCUGGGUUCAUUUAUCCUGGCUGCAUCCAUCAGGAAGUUACAAUUAACUGCCGUAAUGCAAUCAAUCUAAUAGUCUUUUAGUUCACCCUGUCUUUAUAAGCUUUAACACAGUGUGGAAAAACCUUACAACUGCAAUAAGAAAAUCAGAAGCAGCAAUGAAGGAAUUGGAAACCAGUAUAAUAUAUUUUUAUAAUGAGCUAGUUUCCGAAGCAGCACAGUGAAUUUUGAUUGGCCCCCGGCAGAAAAUGAAAUUCUGAAUUGUGACCUUUUGGGUACAAUGUGGUCAAAAUUAAAAAUCCAAAAAUAAGUCCUAUCCAUUUCUUUGCUGUCCAUUUUCUCUAAAUUGUCUCUCUUGGAGACCAAUAACCUGACUUUGCCAUACACCAGUGUAGAUAUUGAUAGUGGUAUACAAAAACACAUUUUAAGGCUGUUCAUUAACUGUGUGCUGUGCAUGCUUUGUAUGUGUUAGUGUUUUUACUGUUUGAUUAUGAGGCUUCAUGCUUUCUGUUCUCCUGCCUUUUUGCACCUUUUGAGGCCUGAUUCAAAAUGUACUGUUUACAGUAUAUAUAUAUAUAUAAAAAAACAGAUAUAUAUUAUUAGAUGAACUAUAGCCAGUGAUAUUCAGCAUGGAAAAUUAAUCAUGUUCUGCUAAAGAUGGACAGGUCUUUCUAUUCAUUAGCAACUUAUGCACAUUGAUUUACAGCAGCUGCAGAGAUUUUCUAGUGUUUUUUAUUAUUUCUUUUUGUUACCAAGAGCCUUUUGGAGUAAAUUUAGUGCACUUGAGGACUCCAGAGACAAUAUCAAGUGUCGGAAUGGCAGUUUAUUGAGUGCACACAGAGAUCAGCCCGGUCUCCAGGGCUCGGCUUAUUGUUUAAAGUGGGUAGUGGAAGCUCAAGUGAUACGGUACUUGAUUUCUCAGAUAUAACUUCACCCACAAAACCAAAUGUCGUUCCAAGAACCCUUUGCACUAGAGUUUUGCAGUUUGGUUUGGUUUUGAGAUUAGAUGUGCUAGUGGUAUGAUGCUUUGAGAACAUGGUGUUUGUAGAGUCAUUUCUUUCAGAUGUUUUGAAAGGUUAUGCAUGGACAGCAAGGAAUGUAUCUCGCCAAACAUGAGGACAUUUACGGAAUGACCUCACAAGAAUAUACAUAGAUUAUGCAAUAAAACAGCUACAGGUAUGCUUAUGCAAUGUUUGCCAUGUUUUAAAGCGAGUGGUUUGAGUGUGGGCUGGCUCAGGUUUGCUCAUGAGGCCUCAAAGGGUGCUUCAGUCAAACCUCUCUGUUUCCUCCUGAACUUCAAGCGAAGCUCUCCAGAUUACGAGCUGGUUCUUACAGGACAUAAAGCCUCCUUGCAAACUGGAUGAUUCCAAAUCUGCAUGUACAGUAUGAUUAUUCAAUUACAAUAAAUUAAAUUUACAGAAAAAAGGCCUUUCUGCAAGGAUAUUUUCAGUAUAGUGCUUCUGGAUGGCUGGACACUCUGCUAAAUUAGUUUGUGAUCCAGGUGCAAACAAAAAGGUCCAUGUCUUUUCUUUGUUUGUAUUCCAGCAGCACUCUCUUUGGGCUCUAAAGUGGAAGUGCAUGUCUGCUUUUGCAGUCAUGUUUGUACUGCUUUCGCUAGUUUUCCCACUCAGUGGUCCACUGGCCACGUGCCACAGUUUCCAUAUGUUCAGCUGCUCUUGGCUGAUGUGCCUGAUACACAGGCCCAGACAGAACCUGCACAUUUUCAGAGCUAAUUUUGGGGGAAAAUAUGCAUUUAAAAUACAGUCAAAUGUGUUAAAUAGAGCUGGAAUUGGCAGCUGAAAGCAAAACAGACAAAAUAUUGAACACAUUUAAUUCGUCUGGACCUAAUGGUAAAGAACAAACCAUGUGUCACUUUCAAAAAUGAAUCAAAAUUUGAACUGAACUUUUGUAUUGUAUUGUUUACUGUUAACAGAGACAUUGUGCAAAUGGUGCGUUUGUGGUUCUGAAAAAUAAUUUUGAGGAAAAUUAAAUUUUGAGUUCUAAUUCUAGAGCUCAUUAAUUUUCUAGCUUCACUGUGAUCAAAAACUCAACUGGGAAACAUCACAAUAUUACAGCCUGCAGUCACUCAGGAGUCCUAACCAAUCAGAGGCCAGCUAACAAAUCAUUGGCUGAGAGAACUGGGAGUCUGUUAACCUAUGCAGAGUUAUCGGGCUACACCUCGUUGUAAUUGUACAGGGCCUUGGGAAAGGGACAUUUCUUGGAUGCACCUAAUGAUGUAUGGUGAGGCUAGAGUGCUGGAAAUUGAUCAAACGUGAAGCUGCUUUGCUGUAGUGUUAAGUACAGAGUCCAGCGAUCUUGUUCUGAGAAUCCCGGCACAGCAUGUUUCAACCUUCAAGCUCAGUGGACCAGGUUCAGGAAGUCUUUGGGACCCAUUCCUACCUAGUACGGAGGAGCAGGAAAGCUUAUGCAAGCUCUGGGCCAAAUGGACAUGUGUAACUCAGAAUAUCUCAACAUAAAUACACACAAAACCUCUAAAUAUCUACUGUGAUCUCCUCUCACUCCACCACACCUCCAUCACGCCGACCACCUGUUCACCCCCCCUACCUCUCCCUGCACCUAUCGGUCCUAGUUUUUUGGGUGGUGUGAUGUCAGGUUUUCUUGUGGUGGGCUGUUUUCGACAGGUCCAGACAAUCAGCGUGUUUGUCAAUGUCAAUGUGUGAUUUUCAAACUCUUUGUUAAUGGUCAGGAUUAUAAAGGAAGAUAUUUUUAUGGUAAUUGUCGCUGGUCUAUUUUACUAUAUAUUUAUGUAAUAAAUAUGUGACUCAAUUAACAA